GAAUAAGUUUAUGGCAAGUCCAGUCUUUCUUGCCUUGUAUGAGAAAUAACAGCAGCUGUCCUCUCAUUUUCUUGCUGGCACUAAUUUAAGGCUUAACUCAUAUAUUUAGUUGCCUCACUUGUAAAUUUUAAGGUUAUUAGCCCUUCAUCAAAAAAAUUUAAGGACAUUAUUAAUGCUAUCUGCAAUGAUGAUGACAUCAAAGCUAUUUCCUUUGAUGGUACAAGCACAGCUGGUGCUUACAUAUAUGCUAGAGCAUCAGCUAAAGUUAAACGUAUUCAGUGCAAUAUAUAGGAGCAAAAAACCAUGCUGUUGUCAUGCCCGAUGCAAGCGUGGAUGCUACCCUGAAUGCUCUGGUUACUGCUGGCUUUGGUGUAGCAGGACAAAAGUGCAUGGCCUUUAUCACAAUCAUUUUUGUUGGAGACUUAACUCCAUGGGAAGACAAACUGGUGGAGCGUGUGAAAGCACUUAAAGUAAAUGCUGGAACAGAACCUGAUACAGACCUUGGUCCUCUGAUUAGCAAGCAGGCAAAGGAGCACACAUGCAGAUUGAUUCAAUCAAGUAUUGAGAGGUGCAAAAUUACUGCUUGAUGGGAGAAACUUUAUGGUUGAAGGAUAUGAACAAGGGAACUUCAUUGGCCCCACGAUCUUAUCUGAUGUCAGGACCAACAUGGAUUGUUACAAGGUAUAUAAUGUCAUGUUCACAACAAACUUUGAUUUUGGAA